AUGGGUUCCAAGGCAAUGGCAAUGGCGGCAGAGAAGAUCGGGACGGCGGUGCGGCGCCAAGCCGUUUCCUUAACCGACGCCGCCGCCUCUAGAAUACGCGUCUUGCUGCAGCAGCGUCAGAGACCAUUCUUAAAGCUCGGCGUCAAGGCUCGUGGUUGCAACGGCUUAUCGUACACCCUAAAUUAUGCAGAUGAAAAAGGGAAAUUUGAUGAGUUGGUUGAGGAUAAGGGUGUUAAGAUAUUGAUUGAUCCUAAAGCUCUUAUGCAUGUUAUUGGAACCAAGAUGGAUUUUGUUGAUGAUAAACUCAGAUCUGAAUUCGUAUUCAUUAAUCCAAACUCCAAAGGCCAAUGUGGUUGUGGUGAAUCUUUUAUGACAACGCCAAGUACUGGAGCCGCUAGGCAAGGAAGUGGUUGA